UGAGGGAAAAAUUGGUCUACUUUUUCUAAAAAUGGAGCAAAUAUAAGGAAGCUUUAGCACUCAAACCCAAUGGUGAUCAGGUCCUCAUUUUCGGGGGCUGAAGAACAGUAGGAUAUGGGCCAUCGCUGCUGCAGCAAACAGAAAGUCAAGAGAGGUUUAUGGUCUCCUGAAGAAGAUGAGAAGCUCGUCAAACACAUAACAACCCAUGGACAUGGUUCAUGGAGUUCAGUUCCAAAACUUGCUGGCUUGGAUAGGUGUGGAAAGAGUUGCAGGUUAAGAUGGAUAAACUAUCUGAGACCAGAUCUAAAGAGAGGUUCAUUUUCUGCACAAGAGGAGAGGAUCAUCAUUGAUGUCCAUAGGAUUCUUGGCAACAGAUGGGCUCAGAUAGCCAAGCAUUUGCCUGGCAGAACAGACAAUGAAGUUAAGAACUUUUGGAACUCUUGCGUUAAGAAAAAGCUCAUUGCACAAGGGUUAGAUCCCAACACUCACAACCUCCUUCCUUCUCAUAAAACCAUUAACAAUCACUACAAUGGAUGUAAUUUGUCUCAUCCCAAACCCACUUCAGUUUUCUCUCUAAAUUCACAAAUGGAAGAUGCUUGCAUGGACAUGAACACCCCAUUUUCGACCUUACUUUCUCUUCUUCCAAGUGAUCCAAGCACUCAUUUCCCGCAUGACAGUCCAAACAUUCCAAUCUAUGAACACCAAAGCCCUCAUUUUGUAUGGACAAUCCAAGAACAAAAUCCAAACGCUUUCAUGGACUCCUCAAUGGGAACAAAUACAGUUCCAAUCUCGAUCUCUCCUCCCACAAAUCCAUCUGGGUUUGGAAUUCUUGAAGACAACUGCCUCUGGAGUAAUCCUAGUAGCCUUCAACGUAUUGAGGUCGGCAGACACGAUGAAAUGUUGCAGCCAGAGCAGCAAGCUGUGAAGAAUCCACAGCACGAGAAAGCCAGCGAAGUGCAAAUGGAAAAUGCCGAUCUAUUGAACAUGGACGCUUCAUUUAGGACCUCUAACUUUGGUUUUGAAUUUGUGGAGUCCCCAGGAAUGUCGUGUGGUAUGCAUUACAACACAAGUCCAGUGGAUGAAUUUGCAUGGGAUUGUUAGCUGACUUAGCUCCUCCCCUCUUCCCUCUUAAAUAUGGAGCUCUAACCUUGGUUUUUGAUUUUGUGCAGUCCAUACUAAUGCCCUUUUGGUAUGUGCUAUAAUAUUGUGAGUCUCGUAAAUCAAUUUGCAUGGGAUUGUCUUUAGUCUUUACCCCCCGGCCUCUCUCUCCACCCCCGGCCCUUACAUCUGUUGUCUUGUCGUAUUAGUUUCUUUUGUCCUGUAGUGUGCUGAGCAGUCUCUCUCUCUCUCUCUCUCUCUCUCUCUCUCUUCCCCUCUGGGAUAUAUGCUACUUCGGAAGUUUAAAAGGAUGAAACUUGAACGGAAAAGUAAUGCCAUCUGUUCUACAUUUUUCUUUCCAGUCA